AAACGCACUUUGCUCACACCGUCUCUGAUACCGACCGAGUCACCAAUGUUGACGGAAAUACUGUUCUCACACAAGAACAAACUAUAAAGGUCCUGGGGUGUGGGCCUACAUCCUCCCCAUCUGAGGAGAAACCAGAGAAAAAGAGAAGCCACAAAGAGAGAGAGAGAGAGAGAGAUAAUCACUCCAGGGUCUUCACUCCCACAGAGAAAUAGAUGGGAGAGAUGGACGAUGAAAAGAGCCAGGCAGGGAGGAUGUUUGAGAACUUUGUCCAGGCAUCCACCUGUAAAAGCACCCUGCAGGCCUUUAAUAUCAUGUGCACUUAUCUGGAGCUGGAUCCUCAGGAGCAUAGCUCCUUCUACAGCAGCUUAAAAAGCAAGCUAACCUGCUGGAAGUCCAAAGCCCUGUGGAGCAAACUGGACAAGCGAGCAAGUCACAAGGAGUAUAAGAGAGGCAAAGCCUGUGAAGGCACCAAGUGCUUGAUAAUCGGAGGGGGCCCCUGCGGAUUAAGAACUGCUAUAGAGCUGGCUUUUCUUGGUGCCAAAGUAGUAGUGAUUGAGAAAAGAGACACAUUUUCCCGGAACAAUGUUCUGCACAUCUGGCCUUUUACCAUUCAUGACCUCAGAGGCCUGGGGGCAAAGAAAUUUUUUGGCAAGUUCUGUGCAGGAGCCAUAGACCAUAUAAGUAUUCAGCAACUCCAGCUCAUACUGCUCAAGAUUGCCUUGCUACUGGGGGUUGAGUUUCACAUCAAUGUAGAGUUUAUAAAGCUUCUGGAGCCUCCAGAGGACCAGGAGAAUGAGGUGCCUGGUUGGAGAGCAGAAAUCAGGCCAGGAGAUCAUCCUGUAGCAGACUUUGAUUUUGAUGUAGUGGUGGGUGCUGAUGGGAGACGAAACACACUUGAAGGUUUCCGACGGAAGGAGUUUCGAGGGAAACUAGCUAUUGCCAUCACAGCCAAUUUUGUCAACAGAAACACGACAGCGGAGGCCAAGGUGGAAGAAAUCAGCGGAGUGGCUUUUAUUUUCAAUCAGAAGUUUUUCCAGGAUCUCAAAGAGGCAACUAGCAUUGAUUUAGAGAACAUUGUGUACUACAAAGACAACACGCACUACUUCGUCAUGACUGCUAAAAAACAGAGUCUGCUGGAUAAAGGAGUCAUCAUUCAUGAUUACAUAGACACGGAGGCUCUUCUCAGUAGUCAGAAUGUAAACCAGGAGGCUCUGCUAAGCUAUGCAAGAGAAGCUGCCGACUACGCCACUCAUUACCAGCUUCCCACACUGGACUAUGCCAAUAACCACCUCGAACAGCCAGAUGUAGCCAUGUUUGAUUUUACCUGCAUGUACGCCUCAGAGAACGCUGCCCUGGUCAGAGAGCGGUUCGGCCAUCAGCUGCUGGUAACACUGGUGGGAGACAGCCUGCUGGAGCCUUUUUGGCCUAUGGGAACAGGGUGUGCCCGUGGUUUCUUGGCAGCCUUCGACACAGCCUGGAUGAUCAAAAGCUGGGCUCAGGGCAGAGAGCCACUGGAAGUACUGGCAGAGAGGGAGAGUCUUUACCGUUUGCUACCUCAAACAACACCUGAAAACAUUGCCAAGAACUUUGAUCAGUACACCAUAGAUCCUGGAACACGUUAUCCCAACCUCAACUCGAACUGUGUCAGACCACACCAGGUCAAAAACUACUACAUAAGUGGAGAAUUGAAGUCAUGCCCCUUGCAGCGAGCCGCUACGAUUCGGCGCCCAGUUAAUCUGGCACGACGAGAGUCAGAGAUCAGACCCAGCAGGCUAUUGACAUGGUGUCAAAAGCAGACUGAGGGCUAUAAAGGCGUGAACGUGACUGACCUGAACUCGUCAUGGAGCAGCGGCCUGGCCUUCUGUGCUCUUAUACAUCGCUUCAGGCCACACCUCAUUGAUUAUGAUUUAUUGAAUGAAGAAGACACUGCCAAAAAUGCCCAGCUGGCAUUUGACACUGCUGAAAAGGAACUUGGCAUCAAACCAUUCACUACAGGCAAGGAGCUGGCAUCAGGCCAAGAACUGGAGAAGAACAGCAUGGUGACCUACCUCUCCAAAUUUUACGAACUUUUCAGGGGAACUCCUCUGCCACCCUCAGAUUCAAGAAGAGAAAAAUAUGAAAAUGAAGAAUGGUCCUCAACACUCUCCCAACCUGUUUUAAGAACACAAAGCUUCACACAGCCCCGAAAACGCAUCCCCAAAGAUGACAAAAAGGUAGAAGAUAAAGAAUCAUUUUACAAAAGAAGACGGACAGUUUGCAGUUUUUUGGAAGAGGCAACCAAACUUCAUCAAAAUUCAUCAUUAGUAUCUGAGCUGCGUGAGGUGAAGGAGAAUAAGGUCAAAUCUAUGGCUUCUCAGCUGCUGGCAAAGUUUGAGGGAAGAACUCCAAGCUGUACACUGCGUAGGCAGUCGGACUCGAACUGUCCAAGGCCUUUGACGCCUCCAUUACCUGAUCCAAUAGAAAGCCCACUCCUCAGGAAACCCAAGAAGAAAACUCCACCAACUACUUUAUCAGCUAAAGUAGUGUAUUACUACUCACCUCUGGUCAAAGUCCACAGAUUUCCUCACACAUAUUUUCAAACGUCAGCCAGCCUCACACAAGUAGAGAGUGGAACAGCUCUUCUCCAAGUCCUGCCUAUUAACAGCCCUCUGCAUAAUCACCGGAAUUCUAGCCAAUCAACUCACAAACACACACAAUCAUACGUAAACAGUCCAUCACAUGUGCAACACACUAGAACACACGCAUAUGAAACAGCACACAUGCAACCUAAUGAAACAGAUACACGGUCACACACAUGUAAAACAUCACACAUGCAACCCACGGGAACACAAACACGGUUACAAACAUAUGAAACAUCACACUUGCAACUUACUGGAACAUCUACACAGUUAUCCUCAUCUAAAAUAUUGCACCUGCAACCCACUGAAACAGAUACACGGUCACACACACUUAAAACAUCGCACAUGCAACCCACUGGAACACAAACACAGUUACAAACAUAUGAUAUUUCACACAUGCAACCCACUGGAACAGACACACGGUCACACACAUCUAAAACAUUGCACGUGCAACCCACUGAAACAGACACACGGUCACACACAUCUAAAACAUUGCACGUGCAACCCACUGAAACACACAUACAGCUGCACAGAGGGCCCAGGUCAGGGAAUACAGAGGUAGAACGUCCUGCCUCCUGUCACUCUGCCCUAGUGGCUAUGAAAGCAAUGCUCCAGCGUCUGCAAAAAGUGGAGGAACAAAUCAGCCAGAGGAAAGCAGAGACUGAAAAUGCCAGAGAGUUUCAUAAAAAGAGCAUAAAGGAUAAAGCAGUCCACAUGAACUCUCUUCUCUCUGGUGGUUGCAUCUCACUGCCUCAGGGUUCCUUCAGAAGGGAGCUUCCUCAGAGCUUGGGUGAUGUGUGCUAUUCAUGCAAGAAGCGGGUGUAUGUGGUGGAGCGACUCAGUGCAGAGGGGCUGUUCUUCCACAGAGAGUGUUUCCGCUGUAACACCUGUAGCGCUCCUCUUAGCCAGGGUGGACAUGCUUUUGACAUAGAACAGGGGAAGCUGUACUGCAAGCUCCAUUUCUCUCAGCGUAAAUGUGUUGUAAAGCAAAGGCCUUUGGAAACAUAUAAGCCAUCCGAUGGUGAGGUUAAUGCUACGACAUCUCUAGCCAGGAGUCCCGCCGACACUCAUGCAGAAAGUCCUGUUCCAAGUCCCGCUGUGAGUGACACCUCUCCGAGGCAGUCUGCAGUCUUUCUUGACCUGCCAGCUGUGUGCACACCUGAUGCACUCUGACUCAAGGCGAUCACUUGCAUGUAGUGCUAGAUGCAGAAGAUGGAAGGCCUGUGUAUAAUCCUCUCACAUCAGCAUGUGUGGAACUGCCUUUGAGGUUUUCUAGCUGGAAAAUGCAUACCAGUAAGACACUCCCUUAUGCCCUGGGAUCAUGUGUAGCAGUAGAUCUCAUGACUAACCUUAACUGCUUUCAUACCAUCUUCACUACAUGGUUUAUUUAUUAUUUUCUUUUUCAGAGGCUGCUCACAUUACCAAAAGUCCUCAAGAUCUGUUGUGUCUUCUUUAAAAUAGAUUUCAAUAUUAUCUAUGCAAAUGAGCACCUUUUACUAGACAAGUUGCAAAACUUUUUUAUGAUGUAUUUAUGUCAAGUCGUAUACAUUUAAUAAAAGAGAGAAAAAACUCGAAA